GGAAAUGGUUCACACGUGUAUUCAUGCAGGUUUGAAGGUUAAAGAAGUAGCCGGUAGGUUUUUUUUGUUCCGCUGUGUGCAGGAGAGGGUCACCAGGACGGCGUGAACAACACUGAAGUGCAGACAUGGAUCCUAUGAAGGCACAGCAACUAGCGGCAGAGCUGGAGGUGGAAAUGAUGGCUGACAUGUACAACCGAAUGACCAACGCCUGCCACAGGAAGUGUGUACCUCCGCAUUACAAGGAGGCAGAGCUGACAAAAGGCGAGUCCGUGUGCCUGGACCGGUGUGUGGCCAAAUACCUGGACCUCCACGAGAAGCUGGGACGCAAGCUGACAGAGCUCUCAGUCCAGGAUGAGGAGAUGAUGAGGAAAGCAGCUGUUGGCAGCGGAUAGAGACAUUGAUGAAGGGAAUGAAGUGGAGCAUUGUGGGGGAUUUCAAGUCUAUGGGUCGGGGUUUGCAUAUUUAGUUUCUCUCAGAUGAGAGACUUGUGUUUUAAAGAGUGGGAGGGUUUUGUUGGAAUUGAAAAAAAAUUAAAUAAAAGUCAUGUUGAGGGUCUAGGACCUCCUCUGUGGCAGAGACGGAGACAUUGGAUGCAGCUGGAGGAAUCACUAAGCUGCAUGAAUUGCUAGCGGUUAUCCAUGAGCCUCUCUGGAAGUGUUCAGCUUGGCCUGGUCCUCCUGAAGUCACCCAACGACCAACUGAAGGGGAGAACUUCCUGGACCCUUAAAAACAUUUCUAAGUCAAACUUUGUGCUUGUUUUUAGCUGCUUGGAGUGCAAAAAAAAAAAUCUGCCACUACUGCAGAAAUUCAAAUACCUUAAGGCAGUACCAAGCAUCUUGUACUUAGGGCAGGUCAAAACAGACACUCAGGAUCAUCACCAUGCAGUCUUUGUUCCCACAUCACCCUUUGAACUUGGUUAUCCUUACUUCUUUUGAAAGGUUGUAAACAGAAUACGAUAUUCAGGUAGAAAUACUUAACAAACUUUCUAUUUUUGCCGCCAAUGUAAUUGUGUAAAUUUUUGCACAAAACCAUGAAAUACAGCAAAUCAAAUGAACGGACAAAGAUUAGGCCAGGCAAGGAAUCAAUUAUGUAUGACGGAUGCCAAUAUGUCUUUCUCUAUAAGACACUAUGCAGAGUUUACUCUCUUACAGCUGUGAGGUGUUGACUCUGUGACAUUAACUCAGUUACAGACUGUCAGCCAGGCCCUUCAGGUUACAUGGACAUGUGUUGAAGUUGAACUUUGCUUAUUUGUCAUGCUUGUUUUGACUGUGACGUCAUAAAUGUCAGUGGACCAUGUUUUUGACUGUGAUACUUUUUUCUGUAACGACUGUCAGCGGCACACCUACAUAUUAGAGAAGCUGCACUGUGUUGUAUUUUGUUGUUAUGAAUGAAUAAUAAAACAAUGCUAUCCUUUAUCAUA